GUCCGGGUGAGCAACAUGGCCCAGAGCAAGAGGCACACGUACAGUCGGACUCCGAGCGGCAGCAGGAUGAGUGCAGAGGCAAGUGCCCGGCCCCUGCGGGUGGGCUCCCGCGUGGAGGUCAUUGGGAAAGGCCACCGAGGCACUGUGGCCUAUGUUGGAGCCACACUCUUUGCCACUGGCAAAUGGGUGGGCGUGAUCCUGGAUGAAGCAAAAGGCAAGAACGACGGCACUGUUCAGGGAAGGAAGUAUUUCACGUGCGACGAAGGCCAUGGCAUCUUUGUACGCCAGUCCCAGAUCCAGGUAUUUGAAGAUGGAGCAGAUACUACUUCCCCAGAGACUCCUGAUUCUUCGGCUUCAAAGGUCCUCAAGAGAGAGGGAGCUGAUGCAGCUACAAAGACCAGCAAAUUGCGGGGACUGAAGCCUAAGAAGGCACCGACAGCCCGAAAGACCACAACUCGACGGCCCAAGCCUACUCGCCCAGCCAGUACUGGGGUGACGGGGGCCAGCAGCUCCCUGGGCCCCUCUGGAUCAGCAUCAGCCGGUGAACUAAGCAGCAGUGAGCCCAGCACCCCAGCUCAGACUCCGCUGGCAGCUCCCAUCAUCCCCACACCGGCCCUCACCUCUCCUGGAGCAGCACCUCCACUUCCAUCUCCCUCGAAGGAGGAGGAAGGGCUGAGGGCCCAGGUGCGGGACCUGGAAGAGAAACUGGAGACCCUGCGUCUGAAACGAUCGGAAGACAAGGCAAAGCUGAAAGAGCUGGAGAAGCACAAGAUCCAGCUGGAGCAGGUGCAGGAAUGGAAGAGCAAAAUGCAGGAGCAGCAGGCAGACCUGCAGCGGCGCCUCAAAGAAGCGCGGAAGGAAGCCAAGGAGGCGCUGGAGGCAAAGGAGCGCUACAUGGAGGAGAUGGCAGACACAGCCGAUGCCAUUGAGAUGGCCACUCUGGACAAGGAGAUGGCCGAAGAGCGGGCUGAGUCUCUGCAGCAGGAGGUGGAGGCUCUGAAGGAGCGUGUGGACGAGCUCACCACAGACUUGGAGAUCCUCAAGGCUGAAAUUGAAGAGAAAGGCUCAGACGGGGCUGCGUCAAGCUACCAGCUCAAGCAGCUAGAGGAGCAGAAUGCCCGCCUGAAAGACGCCCUGGUGAGGAUGCGAGAUCUCUCUUCCUCAGAGAAGCAGGAGCAUGUGAAACUCCAAAAGCUCAUGGAAAAGAAGAACCAGGAGCUGGAGGUUGUGAGGCAGCAGCGUGAGCGUCUCCAGGAGGAGCUGACCCAGGCAGAGAGCACCAUCGAUGAGCUGAAGGAGCAGGUGGACGCCGCUCUGGGUGCCGAGGAGAUGGUGGAGAUGCUGACUGACCGGAACCUGAAUCUAGAAGAGAAAGUGCGGGAACUGCGGGAGACUGUGGGGGAUUUGGAAGCGAUGAACGAGAUGAACGACGAGCUGCAGGAGAACGCACGGGAGACAGAGCUGGAGCUGCGGGAGCAGCUGGACAUGGCAGGAGCCCGAGUACGGGAGGCCCAGAAGCGUGUGGAAGCCGCCCAGGAGACAGUUGCGGACUAUCAGCAGACUAUCAAGAAGUACCGCCAGUUGACCGCACACCUACAGGAUGUCAAUCGGGAGCUGACGAACCAGCAGGAGGCGUCUGUGGAGAGACAACAGCAGCCACCUCCAGAGACUUUUGAUUUCAAAAUCAAGUUUGCUGAGACCAAGGCUCAUGCCAAGGCAAUUGAGAUGGAGUUGAGACAGAUGGAGGUGGCCCAGGCCAACCGGCACAUGUCCCUGCUGACGGCCUUCAUGCCUGACAGCUUCCUUCGGCCAGGAGGAGACCAUGACUGUGUCCUGGUGCUGCUACUUAUGCCCCGUCUCAUUUGCAAGGCAGAGCUCAUCCGGAAGCAGGCCCAGGAGAAGUUUGACCUCAGUGAGAACUGUUCAGAGCGGCCUGGGCUUCGCGGAGCUGCUGGGGAGCAGCUGAGCUUUGCUGCUGGGCUGGUAUACUCACUGAGUCUGCUGCAGGCCACACUGCACCGCUACGAGCAUGCCCUCUCCCAGUGCAGUGUGGACGUGUAUAAGAAGGUGGGCAGCCUCUACCCCGAGAUGAGUGCCCACGAGCGCUCCCUGGAUUUCCUCAUCGAGCUGCUGCACAAGGACCAGCUGGAUGAAACUGUCAACGUGGAGCCCCUCACCAAGGCCAUCAAGUAUUACCAGCAUCUGUACAGCAUCCACCUUGCUGAGCAGCCGGAGGAUUCCACCAUGCAGCUGGCUGACCACAUCAAGUUCACCCAGAGUGCCCUGGACUGUAUGAGUGUGGAGGUGGUGCGGCUGCGUGCCUUCCUGCAGGGUGGGCAGGAGGCAACAGAUAUUGCCCUUCUUCUCCGAGACCUGGAAACAUCCUGCAGUGACAUCCGCCAGUUCUGCAAGAAGAUCCGAAGGCGAAUGCCAGGGACAGAUGCUCCGGGGAUCCCAGCAGCACUGGCCUUUGGAUCACAGGUGUCCGACACACUCCUCGACUGCAGGAAGCACUUGACGUGGGUGGUGGCUGUUCUGCAGGAGGUGGCGGCUGCAGCUGCCCAGCUUAUUGCCCCCCUGGCAGAGAAUGAGGGGCUGCCUGUGGCUGCACUGGAGGAGCUGGCUUUCAAAGCAAGCGAGCAGAUCUACGGGAGCCCCUCCAGCAGCCCCUACGAGUGCCUGCGCCAGUCCUGCACCAUCCUUAUCAGCACAAUGAACAAGCUGGCCACAGCCAUGCAGGAGGGCGAGUACGAUGCAGAGCGGCCCCCCAGCAAGCCUCCUCCAGUUGAACUUCGGGCUGCAGCCCUGCGUGCGGAGAUCACAGAUGCUGAAGGUCUGGGUUUGAAGCUUGAAGAUAGAGAGACAGUUAUCAAGGAGUUAAAGAAGUCUCUCAAGAUUAAGGGAGAGGAGCUGAGUGAGGCCAAUGUGCGGCUGAGCCUCCUGGAGAAGAAGCUGGACAGCGCUGCCAAGGAUGCAGAUGAGCGCAUUGAGAAAGUCCAGACUCGGCUGGAGGAGACUCAGACCCUGCUGCGAAAGAAGGAGAAAGACUUUGAGGAGACAAUGGAUGCACUCCAGGCUGACAUCGACCAGUUGGAGGCAGAGAAGGCAGAGCUAAAGCAGCGGCUUAACAGCCAGUCCAAGCGCACAAUUGAAGGGCUUCGGGGUCCCCCUCCCUCAGGCAUUGCUACCCUGGUCUCUGGCAUUGCUGGUGGGGCCACUCCUGGGCAGGCUCCAGGUGCCUUGCCAGGUCCGGGGCUGGUAAAGGACUCACCGCUGCUGCUCCAGCAGAUCUCCGCCAUGAGGCUGCACAUCUCGCAGCUCCAGCAUGAGAACAGCAUCCUCAAAGGAGCCCAGAUGAAGGCAUCCUUGGCCGCUCUGCCCCCUUUGCACGUAGCAAAGCUUUCCCUCCCGCCCCACGAGGGCCCUGGUGGUGAGCUGGUGGCUGGGACACUGUAUCGCAAGACCAGCCAGCUACUGGAGACACUAAAUCAGCUGAGCACGCACACGCAUGUGAUAGAUAUCACGCGGACCAGCCCAGCUGCCAAGAGCCCGUCAGCUCAGCUUAUGGAGCAAGUGGCUCAGCUCAAGUCCCUGAGUGACACCAUUGAGAAGCUCAAGGAUGAAGUCCUCAAGGAGACAGUAACUCAGCGUCCUGGAGCUACCGUUCCCACUGACUUUGCCACCUUCCCUUCGUCAGCCUUCCUCAGGGCCAAGGAAGAGCAGCAAGACGACACGGUCUACAUGGGCAAGGUGACCUUCUCGUGUGCGGCCGGCCUAGGACAGCGACACCGUCUGGUGCUGACCCAGGAGCAGCUGCACCAGCUCCACAGUCGCCUGAUCUCCUAAGCACUCCUUCCCUGCUGUCCCCUUUGCCCACGGACCCCCUGGCACCACUGUUCAGUGCGCAGCCGCCUCAGCCACUCCUUGGUUGAACCCGUGGGCUUAAGCUCUUGCCUGGGUCAGCUUCCCCAGGUCUGGUUAGGGUCCUGCAGCUUCCGUAACCUGGGUUUGCCUAUCCGCCCCUGACCUCUUCCUUAAUUCGCUGUUCCGCUGCUCCCUCUUUCCCGAGGGGCCUCAGGGCAUUGGAGGGGGUGUGACACCCCUCCACUAAAGAUAGAGUGAGGUCUCCCUGACUGAGGACUUCACCCCCCAAUUAAAGCAACUUUUACUUCA